UUUUCUUUAAAACUUUUCUUCAGUUCGUAAAAAAAUUAAGGUAAUUCAUGGUGUUUUUCUUGGAACUAAUAUGAAAAAUUGAUUGUUUUCAUCUCUCGUAAAAUUAAACAUUUGCUCAGAGAUCAAAGUUUCUUAGGUAAAUUUAAUUAAUAUGCUGAGCUCGAUGAGAAUGGACGACGACGACCUGUACAGCGGUUAUGGGGCGUCUUCUCCGUACGACCCGCAGUAUCAGGAAGACAUUCUGCACAAAAUGCUGACGGGAAACGGGCAAAUCCCGAAGCAAGCAAUGGCCAUGCCCAUGCGGCUUGGAACUGGUUAUCGCGAAGGCAGCACGAUGCACUUGAAGUCGGCUCUGGCGACCCGAAGGUUGACCACGGCCUCUUCGGGGACGGCGAGGCCCAUGACGGCGGUUCGAGGGGCCGGCUACACCUCGGGCAAAAGCAAACUCGACUCUUUCAGCCAGGCCACGGCGGGUCCAUCACCAACAACGGCAAAGGAAGAAACAUCCGCCGAAGAAAAAAUAAAAAAGAUGGAGUUGAAAAUAAUGAGUUUGGUCGAGAGUUCGUACAAAGUGCAGAAAACCGACAAAAGACUCGCGUUGGAAAAGGCCAAGGAAGCGUCUUCGAAAGAACGCACGCUGGCCCGAAUGCAAGAGCAGACCGGGUUCACCGAAAACAGAAACGUCGACCUGACUUUCUCUGUUCUGUUCAACCUGGCGCAGCAGUACGAGUCGUGCGGGCUGCUGCAGGAGGCCCUAAACGUGUACCAGGCGAUCACCAAGAAUCGCGUUUUCAGCAACGCGAGCCGCCUGAAAAUCAACAUGGGCAACAUUCACGCGCGGCUCGGCCAAUUCCAACGCGCCGUCAAGUUGUAUCGAAUGGCCCUGGACCAGGUUCCGAGCGCCCACAAAGACCUGCGGCUCAAAAUCAUGCACAACAUCGGUUUGCUCUUCGUCAAAAUGGGCCAGUAUCAGGACGCGUGCAUGAGUUUCGAGUUCAUCAUGCAAGAAAAACCUAAUUUCAAAACAGGCUUGCACAUGGCGAUUUGCUACAUGGUUGUGAAAGACGUGGAAAAACUGCGCCGCAGUUUCCGCCUCUUGCUGGAAGUGAAUUUGGACAUCGACGACGAAGAGAAAUACGCGACCUCUAACGAUGAAAUCGGGUCGAAUCUGUAUUUGGAGGGGAUUCGAAACGACGAGCUGCGGAAAGUUGAAAGGGAAAUGCAGCAGCAGGCGGAAAAGAGCAUCCUUUCCGCAGUCAAACUGGUCGCACGCGUUUUGGACGACGGAUUCAGCUGGUGCAUCGAGACUCUGAAAGGGUCCAACUACAGCAAUUUGGCCGGCGAGCUGGAGGUGAACCAGGCGAACGUGUUCCUCAGGCAAAGGGACAUUCCGUCGGCGAUGGCCAGUUUCCACGCGUUGACGGAAUCGCCCAAGACCGCGAGUGCGGCGGCCACCAACCUAUCUUUCCUCUCCUAUUUGCAAGGCGAUAUUUCGGGUGCCGAAGAAUGGGCCGAGAAGGCGCGGCAAACGGACUCUUACAACGCGGACGCAUUCGUCAACCUUGGCUCGUGUGCGUUUGCCCACGGCGAAUUCGACAAGGCGCGCUCCUACUUCAUGUGCGCCCUCGAAAAUGACCCGUCGUGUUUCUGUGCGCUCUUCAACCUUGGUUUGACCCACAAACGUCAGGGCAACCUGGAGGACGCGCUGGAGAGUUUCCUCAAGUUGCACAGCAUCGUUGGAACGGAGCCGCAGGUUUUGUACCACAUCGCCAAUUUGCAGGAGUUGUUGGGCGACUUCGAGCAGGCCAACGAGUGGUACCAGCAGCUCUUGGGCUACGUCCCCACCGACCCUGGGAUUCUGCAAAAGGUCGGCGACCUGCACGUCAGCGACAGGCAGCAGGCCUUCCAGUUCUACUUUGACUCGUCGCGGUUCUACCCGAGCAGCCUGAGUGCGAUCGAAUGGCUGGGCGCGUACUACGCCGAGAUGCAGGUGCCCGAGAAGGCGAUUCAGCAUUACGAAAGGGCCGUCCUGGCGCAACCGACGGAGCCGCGGUGGCCGCUGCUAAUUGCCUCGUGUCUGCGGCGCGGCGGCAACCACCAGGAGGCCCUGCGCCACUAUCAAGCUGUGCUCCACAAGUUCCCCGAUAACCUCGAGUGUUUGCGCUUCUUGAUUCGCAUUUGCACCGAUCUCGGCAUGAAGACCGAACUGGCCGAGUACGCGAAAAUGCUGAAAAAGGCCGAAAAGGCGCGCAUGGUCAAAGAGAGGAUUGAUAGCAGCAGACCAGGAUCCAGGAAAAGUGUGGGAUCGUCCCGAGGAGGCUCUGCUGCCAGCUUGGCUGGGUUCAACGACCAAACCAACAAAGCCAUGCCUUCGACGAGCACUCAUUACCCAAUUCAGGACCACUCUUCAGCGACGAGGCCACAUACUUCGGGUAGAAAUAUAGCAGACGACAUUUUAGACGAGGACAUUGAAAACGAUUUGCUACCAGAAUAAGAAGAAGGAACGUUGAUGAAAUGCUUCAAAUUUCUGACUCGCAAAAUACACACAUUCAUAAUUACAUAAUAUUACUUUAUCAUAAAUUGCUUUUUGGUCCUGCAUUCAGUCUUGCUUAAUUUUUCAAUUGCGUAUGAAUUUGUUAAUAUUUGGAUGAUUCAAGCAGAUUUUAAAAAUUAAAAAACAAAAAUCAUCACUAAAACUGAUAUAAGUUUUGAAUUCAAAUUUUCAACUCAAAUGUCUUCGUGCAAAAUAUUCCUGAUGUGUUGGACAAUUAAAUUAAUUGCCACCGUGUUU